AUGUCGCAGAGGAUUGAAAGCAACGAGGCUUUGGAUAGUAAUAAUGCGAGGUCGAAACGUCUGCAACGAUUCAAGAAAUGCAAGGGUUUCGAUACGACGGUCACAGGUAAUGGUCAUCAACUGGUGAACUUCAUCUGUAAUGAUCGGUGGUCACCUUGUAAUGGCUUAGUACGCCUUUAUGCGAGGAUGGGUCUUCAUCGUUACAAUUUUCUUCAGGGUAAAAACUUACAGUUCAGUCACGUAAAGAAAUACAAUAUGACCACGGCCGCUGCUGCUUGCUCCUACUAUAUAACCUUGGUGGCUAAGGAUCUAGAUAGCAGCAAACUUUUGUAUUUUCAGACUAGAGUUAAUGAAGAAAGUUUUUGCAAGUUGAUUUUGUCGUGCGAUAUUGCUAGACCUAGAGGGACAAACACUGAAUAUGGAGCUAUAACUGAACACUACUGCUACCUCAAAAGUAGCGUGCCUAAGUGCCCCCCAGAGGAUAUUUUCGAAAAUAGAAAUAGGUUUUACUUGGUGAAAGAAUCAGAGCUGGAAGAAAAUGACUGGAUUCGUCUAUAUUUGGAACUUGCAGUUGCCACAACUCAUACGAACACUGGUCGAGAUCAUGAUCUGUCCAACUUGAAGAUUCUGAAAGUGGCCAUAGAAACUCCUGAAGACUUGGAGCCACCUAAUGAGGGAUCACUAAGUGCCAUAACUGCACUUGUCUACAUAAGGUACGAGGACUCUUGUGAGUCUCGUGUUGGUAAGGAUGUUGAUCGCAUUGCUUAUGUUAAAAGAACCUUCAGUAAGCAUCAUGGAAGUUUUGUUCUCGAGGGUCGGAAUAAGCCUAUCAAAUCCGAGGUGGUGCAUGGCACAUAA